CGUGGUUCCAGGAUAACGUGUUCCUACAUGCACGUAGAAACUCAGUUAUUGAAAUAAUUUCGUGGUCGUCCUGUAUUUUCGCUUUUUAUGUCAUCAGUUUAACGUGUUUUUGGAUUUUUAAUUGUUCGGUUCGUUUGUCGUGAGAACGCAGCUUUUUUAAAUGCUUCGCCAGGUCGAUGUUGAAAUGACUUCAACUGGGAGUAAACACUGACAACACCUGAGUCCACUCAGCAGCUGAGAUGCCCUCUUCUAGGAAGAAGAAGGAGAAGAACAGUGUACCUGAGAGAUGGUUAGACUACGUUCCUGUAGGACAGAGGAUACCAGGGACUCGGUUCAUCGCCUUCAAGGUGCCUUUGAAACCGUCUCUGAACUGCCAGGUCCAAGCAUCAAAAUCCUUCGGUCUCUGGGACCUGCUGGACUCUCUUGAGAGUCAGAACCAGGAGCUGGGUCUGAUCAUCGACCUCACCUACACCACAAGGUACUACAGCCUGACUGACGUCCCACGGUCCUGGUCUUACAUCAAGAUCCUCACUGAGGGUCGCAAGGUUCCUUCUGACGCAGCCAUCCUGAGCUUCAAACGGGCAGUGAGACAGUUCCUGAAGGAGAACCAGGACAAUGACAAGCUGAUUGGAGUCCACUGCACCCAUGGCCUGAACCGCACCGGGUACCUGGUCUGCCGGUAUCUCAUAGAUGUCGACGGGCUGGAUCCUCUGACAGCGGUGGAGCUCUUUAACUCCCACAGAGGUCAUUGCAUCGAGAGGCAAAACUACCUCAAAGAUCUGCAGCGAGGUACCAAGAGGAGCAACAGCGGCAUCGAAGAGCCAGAGGAGGAGGCGGCCAAAGGGCAAGCCGUGGAGAGGCCGUCACAGACCGCAUCGGCUGGAGGGGAGAGACAACCAUUUGGUGAUGACCCUGCAGAGGAGAGUGAACCAGCUUGGGAGACGCAACAGCCCCGUAACCGCCGUCGCCGUAGAAGUCAGCACAGAUGUAGAGCAGACCAGAGACCUCCAAACGGUGGCCCCCUCCCCACACCCCCUUUACUUCCCAGACCCCCUUUACUUCCCACACCCCCUUUGCUCCCAACCCCCCCCCCUCUUUCCUAUGUCUGGAGACCCCCCCAUCACCGUCCAGACCCGUCCCUUCCCUCGGUACAGCUCGAGUCAGCAGCAGGAAACAGACAACGGAGACAAACAAACUUAAACUGA